UGGUGUACUACUCAAUCGCAAUUGAUCUGUGCUGGAUAAUUGGGUGGGAUGCGGAUUGAUUCAUAUCUGGGUAUUGGUUUUAGUUCGAUUGAAGCUAUAAAAUUCAUGGGGAGAAUUAGAUAAGACUUACAGCUCCUAUCAUCCCAGCAAAGAUCAUUUGAUUUGAAAUCCACAAUUCACGAUGCUGUUAACACUAAAGCCCUUUGUGCCUACUAUCACACUAAAGCCUCGUUAUUCAUGUAGCGUUCCUCAUCAUCGUGUUAAUUUCUGCAAAUCCCCCUUAAAGCUCACAACGUAUGCGCAAAAUGGCGGUGGCAACAAGGAGUCUUCUGGUGGCGGAAACAGACCGGUUAGUAACGAUGAUGAUCCCAAGAAAGAUGGUUUCAGUUUCCGGUUGGGGGAUCUAUUGAAGCCGGAUCAAGAUAACUUUGCGGCCGUUGGAUUAGCUGGAGUAUUGACAUGGGCUAGCCUUCAAGUCUUGUCUCAGCUAUUCUUCAUCUCUUUUGCUAUCCUUGUCGCUGCUCUCAAGUAUUCUUUCAUCGCUGCGCUUCUCAUUUUCAUUCUCGUCACCCUCCUUUAGCUCUCUCGUAAUGGCAGAGUCUAUACUAGCUCUUGCUACCAUUGCUCUUUUUCUAGUGAUUGAUUUGAACAAUUAGUAAAAACUAAAAAAAGACAUGGAAUGUACAUGAGCUUGGUUCUGUUCUUACAGACAACGCUUAAAUUAUUGUCUUCUUACAUAAACAGGUAAGUAAGGAUGUCUCAGAA